ACUGAAUUGAAUUUUUCCCAUUUUUUUCCCCAAUCAAAAACAGUAACCCAAUCACAUUACCCUUUUUCUGUUUCUUUUUCAGUAAUCCAACUCUCGCAAAUCAGUACCUUACCGGAUAAAGUAUCAACUCAAAUCCGACGACAAUGGAUUCCAGACAUGAAUCCCAAAUCCCAUAAACCCUCUAGAAUCGCAAAUCCACAACUCAAAUAACAAAUUCACUUCCUUUUGUUUAUUUUUUGAAGUUUUUAAAAAUUAUUUUUGAAGAUGCCCUCAACAGCUUCAACGUCUUCAGCUGGAUUAUUUGAUAUUUAAUUACUGAAUCUUCAGUAUCUGCUUCGAUAAAUUGUAGCAAGCAGAAGCAGUUUUGCUUCUCAAAAUAUAGAUCUUGCUAAUUUUUGUUUUUUUCCGUCUUGGAGUAUGCACAGAUCUGGAGUUGUUAUGGCGUGGAAUGUCUUCAAAUUCUGCACGGCCUUGAGGGGCCUGGGCUCGAUCAUGAUCCUCUUGGUGCUCGGGGUGGUGGGUGUCACCUAUUACGCUGUAGUUUUGACCAAUUUUGGCCCGGCUUUGUACGACGGUGGCCUGGAUUCCCUCAUUGCUCUUGCUGUUUUGAUCCCCUUCCACUUGCUGCUGAUGAUGUUAUUAUGGAGCUAUUUUUCAGUGGUUUUGACCGAUCCCGGUAGUGUGCCUCCUAAUUGGAGGCCUGCUGUCGAUGAGGAGAGAGGGGAGGCUGACCCAUUAAGUGGUCCAGAAUUUAGUUCUUUGCAGGUUGACCCAUCUAGUCAAAGGGUCCGCUAUUGUAGGAAAUGUAACCAGCAGAAGCCACCUCGUUGCCAUCAUUGCUCUGUUUGUGGGCGGUGUGUGCUGAAGAUGGAUCACCAUUGUGUAUGGGUUGUCAAUUGUGUUGGGGCAUUAAAUUACAAGUAUUUUCUACUAUUUUUGUUUUACACAUUUCUUGAGACAAGUCUUGUGACUUUGGCACUGCUACCACAUUUCAUUGCAUUUUUUAGUGAUGGAGAGAUUCCUGGAACUCCUGGCACCCUUGCAACUACAUUUCUUGCCUUUGUUUUGAAUCUAGCAUUUGCAUUGAGUGUUUUGGGCUUUCUGAUCAUGCACGUAUCUUUGGUGGCUGCUAAUAUGACAACUAUUGAGGCAUAUGAGAAGAAGACCACCCCUAAAUGGCGAUAUGACCUUGGUCGGAAGAAGAACUUUGAACAGGUGUUUGGCAUGGACAAGCGAUCCUGGUUCAUUCCAGCUUAUAAAGAAGAAGAUAUACGACGAAUGCCUGCACUUCAAGGCCUUGAAUAUCCAUCGAAGCCAGACUUUGAUUCGCAAUAGUUCCAAGUACCAGUUGCAGCUCGUGAGGAAACUCUCGAGUAUUUUCUUGUAACAAAAGAUACGGAGCCCCAAGAAUCUUUUCAUUCAUCUUAACCUAUGAACAUCGUCCUGCUAAUUUGGCCUCCUAACCGUUCAUUCCCCUGGGAAUCACUGUACAAACGUGGGUGGGAGAGAAAAGGAAGCACUGUAACAUAGUGUUCAAGGCAGACAUCUUUUUCGCGGGAUGGUGUAGAAGGGUUAAUUUUCUCUGAUGGGUAACCACUAAUUACACUUUAGGGGCUCCUGAAUUCUUACAAUGAUGAAUGCUGCUUUCUGCCAACUUGAUGGCAGCAUUGGUACACUGAAGCUUCUGUAGGUUUGUUGUUUGGUUAGUUGGAAAUAUAACUGAACACAGAUUAUCAUUCUCGUGUAUGCUUGUUGAAAAUUUUAUUCUGAAAUUUGAAGUGCAUUGGAUGCACAUCUUCUUUCUUUCUUGAAGUUUCAUCUCAUUGUAAGUUUCAAAGACAUAUUAAACUUCAAGAACUGUGGGCAAGGAGAAAUUUCCACCAUGAACUCUUCCUUUCUUUCAUGAAAAGUUUAUUUGUGC